AUGAUGCUUCGCCGCCUCUAUGCCACCUCAGCGCAAAAGCCGCUCUCGCACGCCGCUUACAGCCUCCAUCCAUGGCCGGUUUCCAAAAACCCAUCUCCACAUGAAAUCUUCGAUCUUAGCGUCAAUGAUAAUUACAACAAUCCGGAUGUCAAGCGGGGCGUGCGUGCUACCUACAAGAAGUUUGUCAAGCUCUACCACCCCGAUUUGGCGGUGUCCAAUGCUGUGGUAGACAACGACGGAAAUAUUCUACUGAUGGAGCAAAAACGGCUUCGUUUUGAUGCGAUAAGACACGCAUACGAGUGUAUUAGCGAGAAAAACGUCCGGCCUAUGCCCCGGUACACGCAGGGUGCCUCGGCACAGACCAAAUACGGCCCCGGAGCUACGUUUGAUGCGUUCCGGAAGGCUACCUAUAACCCACGCCAUUCGGCUUACUACAGCAGUCAGGACUUUUGGCGCGCAGGUACAUGGGAGGAGUUCUACCGGAUGAAGUACCUGCGGGAGCCUCCGACGAUGGAGGAGCUCGAGGCUAACAAAUGGAAGAUCUUGAAGUGGGUGGUGGCCUUUGCGGCAGUGUACCUGGCACUUCAGAUGAUGCUUGCCGUGGAACGGGCAAAAGAGUUCAAUCGCCAGACGUACCUCAUGAACCUCCAGGCAAAUGCGCAGCUUGCGGAUCUGUAUGGAGAUGGUGACUUGACACAAUUAGGCAGAAUCAAGCGGUUCUUGGUCCAUCGUAGUCUGACUCUUCCUGAUGAGGAGAGGAUGCGGGUCAAUGAUGAGAUGUUGGUGAAAUAUGCGCAGAAGUCACAUCGUGAUGAAGAUUAA